AUGACUGAAGUUAAAAGAACAUUAAAAAGCAGUGGAGUUAUUAGUAGGCAUCUCAAUGACAUGCUUUUGCUAAGUAGCCAGCUUGAAAAGAAAAACAGUCCAAAUGAAGUCAAAAGAAAACCUAUUAAACAGCCUAAAGUAGCAAGAUCCUUAUCUCCAGAGCAUAUAAGAUCGCCUCCAAGACCAAUAUCUCCUCCUAACUUGAAUGAAAAAAAGAAGUCAAUCCCCAAAAAUAGUAGUCCUGAUGAAAUUGUUUCCUUUGGAAUAGAAGACUCAACAAUUUUGUAUCAAAGAUUAGAAACUAAUUUUGAUGAGUUAGAAACAGAAAAUGAUGAAGGAUUGAUAAAGAAAAAAGUAAUAGGUACUUGAAGAUCUUAUACAAAGGAGCGUGCUAUUCUAAGGUUUGCUAAGAAAAUGGCUAUAUUUUCAUGAGGUGAAAAAGUAAAACUAACCUCGAUUUUCAAAUGGAAAAACUUUGUAAUAGAGACAAGAGAAUUGAAGAAGAGAUCGCAGUUAAUGAGAAAAGCUAUUUAUAAGCCUUCAUAUGAAUUAGAAAGAGUUCAGUUUCUUUCUAGCUAUCACAAAUUUAAUGAGCAGCUAAAGCUUAUGAAAAAUGAUCUUAAAAUUAUAAAAAAUUCAAGGCCAAAAUACGAAUUUAAACAAGAUUUAUUCAGUCCUAAAUUUGCAGCUGAUAAAGCGUUCUUGAAAAAAAAAGAAAAUCCUGAAAUUCCUCUUACUCCCCCUUCCGUGAGUAAACAAAACCAUUGGAAAAAUCGCUAUUUUUUGCCAAAAACCCACCCUCCGUGAGUGAACAAAAAUUUUUUAUGGAAAAAAAUUUGAUAUAUAAGUGAUAAUUAUUAUAAUGAAAUCUCGAGCUAAUUCUGGUUAAUUUUAAACAAAUUGCUUUUUAAAACAUAAAUUUUAUAAAUUAAAUUAAUAUUUGCUUUUCCAAUUUUUGCAAAUUAGGAUUUUUUUAGAAUUCGAAAAACAAAAUUUUCUAUAAAAUUUAUAUAUAAUUUUUUUUUAAAAACAAAAUUCACCCCCCUCCGUGAGUGAACAAUUUUUUUGUUCACUCACGAAGGGGGGAAGCUAAGAAAAACAUUAAACAGAAAGAUCCUAUUUUAAAAAAAGAUUCUAAUGAAAAUAUAAAAUUAGGCAAAUCUCUGGUUCCCAAUAAAAUACAAAAACAUUCUUCAAGCAAAUCAUUAACCCAAAAAGCAUUUGUGGAAAAUAGCAAUUGAUUCGAGCCUUAUCUUCAAAAAAAAGAAUUUGAAGACGAAGAAUGUGAUUCCCUAUCAAAUCAAGAAAAAAUCAAUUGCAUGAAAAAAUAUUUCAUGCGCUGGCUGUCUCAAUAUAUGUAUGCAAUAAAUAUUUACAGAAAUUAUCAUUUAAAAAAAACCUUCAAUAGCUGGGCUUAUUUUUUGCAGCUAAAAUUCAAAAGAGCCAAUGAUUUUUUUUUAAAAAAAUCCUUAAAUCGUUGAAUUUUAUUAUAUAAAUCUCCAAAAAGUGAAUAUAAAGCAUAUUAUCUUAAAAAGUCAUUCAAAGCCUGGGUGAAGUUCAAAAAACUUUCAAAAAGCCAAUAUAAGCAAUACUAUUUGAAGAAGCAUUUUUUUAAAUGAAUAGAGUUCCUUCAACUAAAGGCUAAUAAACUCUUGGCAAAUAUUAAUGCUACUUCUUUUUAUCAUAAGCAUUUGCUUUCUAGAACAUUUAAAGCUUUAUAUCCCAAAGAAUACACUAUUAAAGAAAUUAUGGCUUCUAAUCACUGGCAUUCUAGACUGAAAAUUCAUUAUUUCUAUCAAUUGAAAAAAUUUUAUUUAAAAAGUAGAAGUAUAAAAAUGAUGCAUCAUAUAACAGAAAAUUUGAUAAAAAAAGUGUUAAGAAAAUGGAAAUGCUUAUCUGACUUAUAUUCUCAAAGGAUGAAAGAAAUGGAUAGUUAUUAUUUAAAAGAACUAGCUCAUAAUUGCUUUGAUUCAUGAUCAGAAUGAGUCUUACAAGAAAAAAUUGUUAGGACACUUAAAAAGCAAAGAAUUUUUCGAGCAUGAAAAUACACUUCGCAUUAUUUACUAAAGGAACUUCCUAACAAAUGGAAGCUUCACUCCUUGAAAAGAAAAGUUUUUGUUGCUCUAAAGGUUAUUCAUAUUUAGAAAUAUUAUAUUAAAAAGAAAAAAGCUUUUAAGGGGAUAAAAUGAAGAAAAGAAAAAGAAAUACGGCAAAAUGAAAAGAGAAAAAAAAUUGUUUUAGCUGCAUUUUUGCAUAAUUUGAUAUUAUCGAAAAAGUAAUAAUAACUUAGACUGCGAUCAUUCAGAUCAAGGCUCUGCAAAAAAAAGGUUCUAAAUCUCUUAAAGGUAAACUUUAUAUAGAAAUUUCACGCUUUGAUGAAGAAAAACAACCAUGUUUUAGCAUUAAAAGCAAAAAAAGAAGGCUUGAUUAAUACUAAUUUGAAAAAAAUUGUGUUUAUUGGCUUUCUCAAUAAUCACUUAUCCCAAAAAGCUAAAAAAGAUUCUUUGCUUCUUGCUCUUGGAUCCUUAUCAAAGCGCCUCAAGCGAGACUAUUUUCACAAAUGGGCAAUAAAAAGUGGAGAAUCUCUAGCUUCACUCAGAAGUAGCUUAAAUUCCAUAUUCAGAUCUCUCGAUUCCUCUCUAAAGAAAAGCUAUAAACAGACCCUCUUUGAUGAACUUCCCAGAGAAUCAUUUAUAACCUCCUCCAAAAAGCUAGAAACUCAAAAAUUUGACUGAAUUGACAAGCUAAAGAACCAAGAAAUGUCUCAACGAAAACUAUUAGAAAAAAAAAUCGAAACCCUAAAAAAUUUUCAAAUAUAA